AUCUAUACAAUGUUGACUAUCAUACAUACACUUUAAGGUUAGGAAUCCAUUUUUUUUAUGUUUAGCUCUUAUUCUUUUUGUAUUUAAUUUGUUUAUGGUUCUACCUACAUUUACGUUUGUGCUAUGGCUUUUUAUAACACCAAAAGUGUUAGUAGAUUAGCAUGGGGAACCCAAAAGUUACUGUUCAAAAGAUUCUCGCUGGCUGCACAGCCAAGGGAAAACAUUGUGAUAAACCAUUUAGAAAGUAAAGAUGCUGGUAUAUUAAUCCUAAAUUUAAAUAAACAAGAACGUAAGAACGCUUUAAGUAUACAAAUGUUGGCUGACCUAAACAGGGCGAUUGAUAAUGUAAAGAAACAAAUUGUAAGGGUUCUCAUAAUAAAAAGUAACGUACCUGGGACGUUUUGUGCUGGUGCCGACUUAAAGGAACGGCUCACGUUAACCUCCAAAGAGCUUUCACAGUAUAACAUUCAAAUUCGAUCAACAAUGUCCAGGAUUUACGAUUUGCCCAUUCCAGUUCUUGCAGCUAUCGAUGGACAUGCCUUAGGUGGCGGAUUGGAGCUCGCAUUGGCCUGCGAUAUUAGAAUCGUUUCCAGUAAUGCCAAACUGGGAUUGGUGGAAACCGGGCACGCGAUAAUCCCAGGCGCCGGGGGGACAGCGCGACUGCCGCGAACGAUAAAUCCCGCACUAGCAAAGGAAUUAAUAUUUACUGCGAAAAUUUUCGAUGGAACACAAGCAAAAGCGUUAGGUAUUGCCAAUCAUGCCGUUCCUCAAAAUGAGGAUGGAAACGCUGCCUAUGUGAAAUCAUUAGAUAUCGCGAGAAGCAUUUUACCGAAUGGACCAAUUGCUAUAAGAAUGGCAAAGUUUGUUAUUAACAAGGGUAUCGAGACCGAUCUAAGUUCUGCUCUCGCAUUUGAAGAAACCGGUUAUGCGCAGGUGAUUCCAACAAAGGAUAGGAUUGAAGGACUUAAAGCUUUUGCUGAAAAGCGACCUUCUAAGUACACUGGAGAGUAGUAGGGGAAUUUGGGUGUCAAAUGCGGUUCUCUGCAUUAUGCUCCAUGCUGAAGUGUGGGAUGACCCACUUGGUUUUCGAAUGUUUAAAGUCAUAUUUUUAUAUACUAAAGGCUACGAUUUUAAAGCUUAUUGAACUGCUGUUGCCUCGCUUAACAGUUGGCGAAGCAGCCGUUUUUGGAAAAGGGAUGUUCCAACAAACUUUUAUUUUAAUCAUUUUUAAGUACUGGAACAUACUUUAUAUUUGUAUCUAGACUUUUUAUAUAGUAUACACAUUUGUUAAUGCAAUGCAUAUGUUUUUCUAAGGGAAAUGUAUGCAGGUUUUGUUGGGAUUACUGUUCAAUAUUAAAUGAAAUAAAUUGAUUAUUAUUCUUA